AUGAAGUACUCCAUGAUCACCCUCGGCGCUUUCGCCAUGAUGGCUGUUGCCCAGCUCAGCUCUCUCCCUGCCUGUGGUCAAACAUGCAUCUCCAACAUGCUCGCCCUCGCCCCAACCUUCGGAUGCACUGCCAAUGACGCCAGCUGCCUCUGCAGUGACGUCAACUUCGCCUACGGAAUCCGCGACUGCUCCAACGCGGCGUGCGGUGCUGAGGCUGCCGGUCCUGUUAUCGCAUAUGGUGUUGAAUACUGCUCGUCCGCUGGUGUUGGCCUGAGUGGAUCCGCCACUGGAAUCGACCCUGGUCUUGGCCCUGCUACCGCGGUCGUUGCCAGCACCCCAAUUGCUACUGACGGCGCCUCUGCUGGAUCUUUAUCGGCAAUCACUACCUCCGAAUUCACCAGCUACGUUAUCUCCGGCGAUUCCACCGUCUCGACCAUCGUCGGAUCGACCACAAUCUACGGACCUGCUGCCGGAUCAUCUUCUGCGAUCACCACUUCGCCAAUUGUUUCCACCGUCACCUCCGGAGACACGAGCUACCCAACUACCGUCGGCUCGACCACUAUCUUUGGCGUUGCUGGUGUUAUCAGUACUCCCACUGCAUCUGCUUCCUCUGCUCUGGAUAGUCUCUCGAGUUCUAUUGCGUCCGAAGCCUCCGUUAUCACGAGCUCUGCUUCUGCGGCUGUGAGCAGCCUUUCCAGCCGGCUCAGCUCCGCUGCCAGCCCGGUGAGCACAACGACCUCCUCCGCUGGGGGAGCUCGUCAAACCGCCUUCGCAGGUCUCGCGGCCGCCGCCGGUUUUGCCGCCAUCAUCUUGUAA